ACAGGAAAGAAAGACGGGACCGAGGAGGCGUGGACUCGUAGGCUCUUGUCUUGCUGAGACACAGCUGCAGAAAUACAAACAGCUCGAAGUUAAGAGUAAUCGAAAUCAUUUAAAGCUACUGCCGCUGAUCACAUGAGACGCGUGCAGAGCAGGACUCUCCUACUGUACUGAUCCCGGGUGGAAAGCGCAGUUUCGCAGCUGCAUUGUGAGAUGAUGGCGGAGGCAGGGGGGAGCUCCACAGAGACGAUCACAGAGACUGUGCCGCCGGAGAACCGAGAUGGUCAGCAGCCGGAGGGUCGCAGUCUGACUAUCAAGCUGAGGAAGAGAAAGACAGACAAGAAGGUUGAGUGGUCAAGUGACACUGUGGAUAAUGAACACCUUGGCCGGAGGUCAUCAAAAUGCUGCUGUAUUUUUGAGAAACCCAGACAGUUUGGUGAGAGCUCAACAGAAAGUGAAGAUGAAGACGAUGGAUGUGGAAACGCACACUGCAUUCGUGGACACCGUAAAAAGGGCGGCGGAUCAUUGCCUGACUCGGGACAUGGUCAUCAAAGCCAUGAUGGCACACCAAAUUCUUCAGAUUCACACCAACACUGAGAGAGAAAGAGAAAAAGCAGCAUGUGGAGGGGUGGACGCAGUAUAGGGAUUGGGGAGGGCUGGGUUGGUUUCAAGGAAAAUGACACUGCAUCACAUUCUCCAACACCGAGGAAUGCGAAAGGCAGCAGCAGUUCACUAACUCAAACUGUAGGAAGGGUGUUUGAAAUUUUUUUUUUUUUAGCAACAAGAGAAUCUUGGGUAAAAAAAAAAAAAAAAAUCUGCAGUGAAGAUAAGGUUUACAUACGUAGAGUCAGAUCAAAGCUAGAAGGGAUUGGCUCCAAAAAGUGCGCUUAUUGUGUAGAAAAUUCAUCGUAAACUGUCUGACCUAGCAUGGCUGGCAUGGAGGCACUGUCCCCGAAAGUCUGUAUACCUUUAGAAGAUGAGUGAUUAAGCAAAAUUAUUCUUGAUACUAAUGUCAUACCGGCGUAUUCAGUCAGCAACAACAAGGUCGUUUUUUUGGUGGACAUAAAGAAAUAAUAGUGGAAGAGUGAAGAAACAGUAAAACCAAAAUGAAUAAUUUAACAUUGAACUACUUCCACCUUCUUUGUCGUGGCUUUACACAAAAGAAGGCAGGAAAUCACUUUAGUUUGAUUCUUUUAUUUUUUUAUGAGGACUCGUUUGCCUGUGCUUAAGAUGCAUUUGGGCCAAUGGAGUUCAGUCUGGCUUUGGUGUUAAUGGCAUGAUUAAUAGUGGCUGUGUCAGGUUUCUUAUUCAUUACAAUCUGAGACGAUCCUGCAAAGAAAAGAUAAUCACUCCAGAAACAAAUCACAUACAGUAUUGUUUUAAAUGGUGAAAUCAAAAGCAACACGCUAGACUAAAUCAAAUAAUUAUUCACAUUCCUGGACAUGCAAAAUUGCUGGCAGGUGAACAUGAGGGGAAGAAGGGAAGUGAAAGACCACAAUUAUCAGCACUCGGAGCUCAUACAACCUAAAAAUGAUGCCCUUUGGCCUAAACAAUGCCACGGCCACCUUUCAGCAUUUAGGAAAGUGGGCCCUUGUGGCAAGAUAUGUCAAUAGAAUUGGCAACCCCUUAAAAUAUGAAACACCACCUUAUAGUCCAAGUGGUCCUCAAACAUCCCUUUUUAGAACAGGAUGUAUGUGCAGCCUUCUCAAUCAUGCCUAAAUCUGCUCGAUUCGACAGGAUCAGAUAGUGGAGUUGUCUAAUUACUGCUGUAUUUCCUAUUUUAGUUUUGUGCAUUGAUUUUUAUCUGUUUUUGCAUGUUUUUAAUAUAUAUAAAAUGUCAUACUCGUGAGUCUUUACCCAAGAUUAUACACUGGACACAAUGCUCUCAAUCUGUGGAGUUGUAUUGAUAUAACCUUACUGACUGGUGGCCGUACACACCAUAGUAUGUUGAACCAUUAAGUUAGAGGUUUCACAAUGCUGCCCUUACAAAACUAAAUGGCUUCUUGAAGGCCCAUUCCGUUGGAGGCUGGCCCCCUGUAAGUGUACCGUGCUCCAGGGUUAUCGCACAUAAACUGGUCGCUCUUAAAGAGGCUCGACGAACUCCUCUGGGCACUGCAGACAAACCCCUUCUCCACAUUGCCAUACGAUAGUGGAGGUUUUCAUUUCAGAAAUUUAUUUUUUUCACAUUCCUUUUUUUUUUGGUUGUGCUACCCUGUUUAUUUAUUAUUUGAUUGCUGAAUUGCUAGUUCUUCACAAACAAGUGAUACUGAAAACUAAAAUAUUGCAAGAGAACCAUUUUACUUUUUAAACUGCUUCAGUAAGCAUUUAAGCCAGGAAUGAUGAUACAAACAAAACACUAUGUAUAAAUGAUUUUUUUUUUAAAUGGAAUUGCAUCUUUCUGUAAUAAUAAAGGUCUCCGCUAUGUGUACA